AUGUGGCCUUGUAUGUGGUCCAUCUGCCUCGCGAUGCCGCGGGGCGACGACUUCCUCUUCGCGCCGGGCUGGGAGAUGCUGCCUCUGUUCGCCGCGGGGUCGGUGCUGCUGCGCGGCGCGGGCUGCACAGUGAACGACCUGUGGGAUCGCGAGCUCGACAAGAAGGUCGCCCGGACACGCGGCCGCCCGAUCGCGGCCGGAGACGUCACGCCCUUCAACGCGACAGCCUUCCUCGGCGCGCAGCUGCUCGCCGGACUCGGCAUCCUCCUGCAGCUCCCGCCCGCAGCGCAGUACAUGGGCUGCGCGUCCCUGGCGCUCGUCGGCACCUACCCGGCCAUGAAGCGCGUGACCUGGUGGCCACAGGCCUUCCUGGGUCUGACCAUCAACUGGGGCGCGCUGAUGGGGUGGGCGGCCGCGACGGGGUCGGUCGACUGGGCGGCCGCCGUCCCGCUGUACCUCGCGGGCGCGUGCUGGACCAUGGUUUACGACACCAUCUACGCCCACCAGGACAAGCGCGACGACGUGGCUGCUGGCGUGAAAUCGACGGCGCUUUUGUUCGGGGAGAAUACGCGGCCAGUGCUCGGCGCGUUCGCCGCGGGGAACGCGCUGCUGCUGGCGGUCGCGGGCGGCGCGGCGGGCUGCGGACCGCUGUACUUCCUGGGCGCGGUGGCCGCGGGGUCGCACCUGGCGCGGCAGGUGGUGCAAACGGACCUGGACGACGCCGCGCAGUGCCAGGCCGCGUUCGACUCGAACGUGACGUACGGGGGGAUACUGAUGGCGGGCAUCUUGGCUGACCGUGCCGCGGCGCUGCUGUGA